AGCCUACGGGUUGUUCUUGUUGCAACUUUUUCAAGUGCGCAGAAGUACAAACAUAAGAAACAAUAGUUGGCAACACGCUGGCAACAAACUUCACACCCCAAAAUGUAUCGACCGUCCAAAGCCACACAGAAGCCACGUCAGCUAUCCAUAAUGUGCACACUAUGACAUCCGUCAAACACCCGCCUGUUUGUUUAGAUGAAGGUGUGGCGGGUAGGCAAUCAUCAUCAGGGGACUGAAACGGAACUUAAUCCGAAUUCGGGAUACAAAUAUCCAUGAAAGUUUUAUUGAUCUUCUGUUGAAGAACUGUACUCGGCUUCGUUGAACUUGAAGGACGGUGUCUCUUUCAUGGCUCAUGUUCGAUACCCAGAAAAGACCUCUGUUGACGUGGCCGGGAACGUCUCCGUGGUGCUUGGUCGACCGAUAUGUGUUAACGGGACCCCAUGGAUUCUCUUCUUAUUCGAAGAAUGCGUUGAAAACAUAUGGGAGUAUUGGAGUGUGGUUAUUGGCCUUAUCUCAAUGCUGUGUUUCUUGUUGUCAACAUUACCACAAGUCUAUGAGGCCUAUAAGAGUGGGAAGGUGGAUGAGGCCAUGUCUGUCGGCUUCAUUCUCUUCCUACUGCUUGGAGAUUUGGGCAAUUUGGCUGGAUGCUAUUUAACUAGGCAACUACCCAUUCAGAUUGUCACAGCUGUGUUUUACAUCUACACAGAUUCCAUCCUGAUCUCACAGUUUCUCUACUACAAAAUAAAAAACAACUCUGCACGCAGGAACCCCCUACUAAAGUGGAUCUGCUUGAUUUGGUUUGGACUUGGUACCGCCAUUUGUGUGGUGCUCCCCAAGCUCAUUGAGGCGGGCAGUUCUAUCCCCAAUAUACAAUUGCAGGGCAAGUCCAGCAGUCUGAUGACGUCGGGCUAUGCCUGUGGAUACCUGUCCUCCAUAUGCUACCUGUCCUCUCGUUUCCCGCAGCUCUACAUAAACUUUAAGAGGCAGUCCACGGAGGGUACGUCCUACCUGCUGUUCUUCCUGGCAAUGCUGGGGAACGGCACGUACGGCCUGAGCCUCAUGGUCAUGCUCCCUGCCCUGAAGAGCUCCAGGGUCACCUUCAUACUCAACCACCUGGCCUGGCUUAUCGGCAGCCUGGGAGUUCUCUUCCUCGACUUCUUUGUAACUGCUCAGUUCAUCAUGUACAGAAAGAAGGGCUCCAGUGAAGCGGUUCAGGAACUGAAAAUUGCAGAAGAAGAACCUCUUCUGUUUGAGGAGGAUGAGUUUUGAGAUGCCCCCCAAAAUCCUGAGACCUUAGUUAGGAGUAAAGAUAGGCUACCAUGACAUUCCAGAACGUUCUUUGAAAAUAUCUAAUUAUAAAAUAUCAGUUCUCUAAAAAGUGCAUGAGAACUGUAUUAUGUGUUGUUUUGUUUUUGCUAUCAUUUUUGGAAAUCAACAAUGUGAGUAGAACAAAUGAAGAAUUUAAAUAUUUUCAUAGCAAGUGAGUGGGACAAAGUGUCCUGGUGUCUUAUAAAUACCAGGGUGUUUUGUUCUGCUUGAUAUUUGUUUUUGUGCUGCACUUGGCCCCAUUAAGUACGCACAAUGGCUUGUUUUAUGUUCUAACUUUAGGACACCAUCAGAGUGCAAUGCAUACAUGUCCAAGCAAUAUUGUGAUUGCUAAAUUAUUUUGGCAUCUGUUUUCAUUGAACACAGAUAAGAGUUCAAAUAGGAAAUGAUUUCAAGGUUUGUGUAAUAUGUAAAGUACCUAUGCAAUUCUUGCCUGGAAUGACUGUGAUGGUCAUGUACAUAGGGUUUACAUUGUGAUUGUUACAGACUGAUACAGGCUGAAGUCACGGCCAUGGUGCUCUGCUGAAAGGCCUUUGGGUGUGGACCUGUUCCAAAGCCACAUCAACUAAACCAUUCCGGCAAAUCAUUGCUGAUUUCUAAUCCAGGAAUCGCUAUAAUUGAUGCCUUGUGAAAGUAACUGACCUGACUUCGCGAUGUAGGCUUCACUGUGUGUGCGUGUGUGAAAAAAAAAAAACAGGGAAGCUAAGGAAUGUAUUGCUUAUGUGGUGCUUCUUGAAACAUCACUGUGGUUUAAGAGAGGUGUAAGUAUGAACAAAGCCCAACCAAAAAUACAUUAGGAUGGUAUUAAAGUUUAAAGUAAGUUCAUGGCCACUGGGACUGUGAUUAUACAUACUGGUAUCCUGGGCUACACAACCUUUUGACUGAACAAAGUUGCAAUCCUAUUUAUGUGAAUGUAAGCACUUAGUACUUAUUUCCCAAAGCCGUGCUAUAAGAGAAUAUUAACAUAUUUUAGCAUAUUAACAUAUUAACAAUGACUUUGAUUGCUCUCUGAUCACAGUUCUUCUUGAGUUUCUCAUGAUAUUAUUGUGAAGAAUUGGGCACCUAUUGUUCUCUCAGCCCUUGGCAUUGUUUUCUUUCAUCUGUGUCUUUGUCUUUGAUGUCAAGUUACUCUUACUUUAUGUCAAUUGUAUUUUGUGAUGCUUGGCUUGUCUCAUAGAAUCAUGGCGUAUUUGGGAUGUCCCUGUUGUGGGCUGAGCAUAUAUUUAAAGAAACAUUUAUUGUUUCCACAAGAGGUACGCUGAGGUGCUAAUAUGGACAUGAACUCUGAUGUUUUCUCCAGGAUGUUCUCAUUUAGUCAGCGUUGAGUCAUUGAGAGGGAACUACGUCAUACCCUUUACCUCUUUUGCACAUUCAGAUUCUGUUGAGCCAUAACUUCUGUCAAGUCAUUAACCCCUGACUAUACAGGAAGUAACAUAUUUCUCUACCUCAUUUACCAAAGAAAACAUCAUAGAUUGAAUAGUUUUGAUUUGGCUAAUGUUUGUGUGUGCGUGUGUGUAAGAGUGAGAGAGAUUGUUUUUCCUUAUAAUGUGUAGUGCAUUUAGUCUUUUAUCAAGGUCAUUUGUUAUAACAGUGCAUGAAAAUGCACUGUUCUGUUAUCCGAAGUCUUCUUCUUAUUAUUAUUAUUCUUCCCACCAAAUUUCUGCAUCUAAU